CUCUCUCCCUUACUCUCAAUCAUUGACUAAAUGAGUAAUUAUUGUCAUACGUAUGCAACACUAUUGCCAUGCCAUUUUAUUUCAUCUAUCUUUAUUAUUGCUACAGUUUUACACAUUUCUCUCUAUCUCUUUAUAAAUAUAAAACGGUGAUCAAUUAUAAAUAGCUCAAUAACUCUCUCUCUUUAUAAAUAUAAAGCCAUGAUAAAUUAUAAAUAGAAAUAUCUCACUAACUUAUUUAUGCUUUUUUACUAUUGUUUGAUUUCUGAUUGUGUAAUUUAUAAUCCAUGUGGUAUCCCACACAGAGGCAUUUUUUAAAAGUACUGUAACAGUUUUACACAUGGGCAAUAUAACCAUUACAUGUUGAUGUGCUGCGCCAAUAAAGAAUUGUUCCUUUUUUAAAAUAAAUAUAAAGUCCUAAUAAAUCAUUAAUAGAAAAUAUUCCAAUAACUUAUGUUUGUUUGGUUUUUUUUUUAUUAUUAUUGUUUGAUUUCUGAUUGUUUAAUCUAUAAUACAUGUAUAUAGAUGGAGAGAGAAAAUACGAUGAUAAAUUGCAUUGUGUAGGGGACGUUAGACAUUAAAAUAUUGAGUAAUUUAUCAUAUAUGCAAAUAAUGCACGGAUUGCCGCUAAUUUUUCACGAUGCAAGUUGUUUCGGCCUUUUUACAGUUCGGACCUAAGUUCGUUCGGCCUCAAGUUUUUUCGGCCUCUUGUCGUUUCGGCCUUAGAUACCUAGUCGUUUCGGCCCAAGUUUAAUUAGCGACAAAAGACCCACAAUCUGGUGUUGUUUUUUAUAAUAAACGUUUAUGGAAUUCAUUCUAUUGUUGUUAUUUGUUGAAUGGACGCCGUUCGAGCGCUAAACCUGGGAGUAUUAAGUAAUUAUCAACACAACCGAGAGUAAGAUUAUGAGACUUUAAUGAGGAGAAAAUUUUGUCUAAACAAAAAACAAACAUAAAAUUAGGAGACUUAAAUGAUGAGAAAAUAAUUGGAGGUUGUGUUCGAAAAGUCGAUUUUGUUUUCCUAAAAACAUUCGCCAGUGUGAAGAUCAUCAGAAUGACAGGUAAGUAUUUUUUAAAUAUUCUUUAUAUUAUUCAAUGCAUGCAGAUUAUGAAUUAUAUGCAUGUACAGUCAUAAGCGAGUCAUAAUUUCAUUUGUUCACUAUAUAUUUCAUUGCAUUGAAAAAUAUCCCAAAAUUUAUUUUAAAAAACAACAUUGUGAGGUCAAUUUAGUUACAUUUUUCAUGAUUUCUAUGCAAAAUCGGUAAAAUUUUCUUUUCCUAUGAUACUACAAGUCAAAAAUUUUAACCUAAAAAUACGAUAUUUUCUUAACAGAGUGCCGUAAAAUUUUAAUUUAGUAUUUGACAUGUUAUUUCACCGCAACACUACCGAUAAAAUCACUUUGAAACCUUGUGAAGAAACUACAAACGGUUCUGUAUUUUAUGAUGUUAUAUCCAUAAGAAGGAGCUACGAGUAACACUACACUAAGCUUUUUCAAAAAGGCAUUUUUCAAUGAAAUAUAUAUAGUGAAAAAAUUAAAUUAUAACUCACUUAUGGCCAGGUAAGCUUAAUUAAGGUUCUUUCAAUGAUAAAACAAAAUUAAAUUAAAUGACAGUAUGACAUAAGAUCUUAUACCUGUGAAAUUAUCAAAUUAACACAUUUUAAUUAAUAUCGGUAGCUAAGAAGUUGUGUGUGUGUGUGUGUGUGUUUGAUACAGUCACAGAUUAUACAUGUUAGAAUCUAAAAUAUAUGAAGCAUUUUAAGAAUCAUGCAUAUUGUUAUAUAUGUUUUCAAAAAAUCUUAUUUUCUUAAGGAUUUCUGUGCCAAAUGUUUAUGUUCUAUUAGCUUAGAUAGAUUUUAAGUAAAGGGGAAAGGUGCACCCCUAAUGAAAUAAUGGUUAAAUAUUCCCUUUUUUCCCCUUUUUUCCUUCUUCAUGCAAAUGUAUAUCAUACAGUUUGUGAAAGGGAUGAGAGAAUCAUCCAUUAUUAGAUAAUAAAGUUCUACAAUUAUACAUUUAUUUCUGUUACAGGUGUUCCGGAAGAUAAGGGAUCUUUUGACUGAUGUAUCUGUGGAAGGUUUCGUUAUGGACUUUGAACGAGGUAUAAUUUUUAUCAUAGUAUAAAGAUUUUUGUGAAUUUUUUUUUUCUAGAAACAAAUUACUAACUGGGAACAUAAAUUAUAAUAAUUAUUGCUUACACGACUCAUAAAUAAUUAUAUUUUCAGCCACAUGGACUGCUGUCCAAGAGGUGUUCCCCAGAGCAUGCAUCCAAGGCUGCUCCUUCCACUGGGGACAGGCAGUGAUGAGGAAGGUGGCUAACCUUGGUCUGAAGACGACUUAUGAGGAGCGACAGGCCGUUCACCGCCUUAUCAAAAAGCUGCUUGCUUUACCAUAUCUACCAUCUGGCCAUAUUCAGGGAGCAUUUGACAACCUUAGACAGCUUGCCAACACACCAGCAUUAAGGGAGCUCUUCCAGUAUGUGCAGGACACAUGGCUAGACAGCGAUGUAUGGGGGAUACGCCAGUGGUCGGUUUUCUGGCUCACUGUCCGUACCAACAAUGAUGUCGAAGGAUGGCAUCGCAGGAUGAUCGGGAGGGCAGGGAAGGCCAAGCUCCAAUUUUAUGUCUUAGUUCCUCUCCUCAUGAAGGAAGCCAAUCAGCUCUCCAUCAUCAUGCGGCUGGUGGAUGAGCAGCAGCUUACCCGGUACCAAAGAACAACCUACCGCAGGAUUCAUGGCGCCCUCUUUGAGUUGUGGUCCGAAUAUGAGGAGAAUACCAUCACCACCUCGUUGUUUUUGAGGAAAGUUGGACAGAUAAUAGCCCCUGCAGUUCCAAGGCCAGAGCAGUGAUAGUGAUAUUGCCAGUGUUCAUAUGUUUUUUAAACAAUAAGUAAAGAUGUCUUAUUUCUCUGUGCUUUGUUACCGUUAGAUAUGCUAUGUUAUAUGCUGUGCUUUAUGUAUUUCUUGUGUAUGAUAUGACAUGAUAUAUGUAUAUAUCUGUUUGUUUAUUGUAGUGCUUGCUUAAUCUUAC